AUGUUAAAAUCAUUAGGAAUACGGCCUAUGAAGUCGCUCUUGGAGCUGCGCAUGGCACCAGAAAUACAAGCACUUACGUACCGUCGUUUGCCUCUUCUAGCUUUUCGGACCUCCAAAAGAAAUUACAGCAAAGUUCCGCCAUCCAGCAAGAUUUCGCAUUCAAAAGAACUCAUAAUUCCUACAAAACACGAACUAUUAAAGCAUGCCAGUGGCCCCAUACAGCGUGCCCUCAUACACCUCAAAUGGCCUUUGACCCGAAAUAACCGUCCAUCCGCUUCGGAUGUCGUUUCUGCUGCCCUUUCAUGGUUCGUCAUGGGUAACAUUCUCUGGAUCAUUUUAGGAACAACCACCUUCUGCCUUAUGGGAUUGUACGCUCUUGACACAUUGAGUAAUGUCUGGAAGUCCGUUUCUCCUGGAGAGACGAAAGAGAGCUCAUUGGUGGGAAAACUUACCAGUGCAAUUGUGUCGCAAGGUUUGGGAAUAAAGUUGGAGUUUACACCAGGUCAAGUAAUUCCCGAGCUCAAAGACGGAAUGCUCAGAUUCAAGAACGUAAGAGUUGUGUCGACGUUGCCAGAAACAAAAUUUGACGGUACAAUAGAUGCCCUAAAUGUUUCAUUGUCGUUCCAGAAAUGGUACGAGGGAAAAGGUAUCAUUGACGAACUUGAUAUUUAUGGCAUGCACCUCAAACUUUACUAUGAGAAUGAUUCAGAGCCUCAUAUGACCGUUGGGAACGACUCGGUCCCAAGUUACAGGUUUAACGACACCAUGCAUUACCAAUACGACCUUCCCAAUUCACCCGAAAAUGAAGAGGCAAGUGUCUCUCCUGCCACAUUAAUCGAUACUUCCUACGAACUUUCUCUGGUAAAGUUACACGAUUCGUACUUUGAUAUUCACGAGUCUGAAGCAGUCGAACCAUUUCGAGUUGCGGUCUUCAAUUGUGAUCUCCCGCAAUUGAAAGGUGACAGAAUCUUGCUUGAUUUUUUCAAUGCUAACAUCGUAACUGGUUCAAUGAACGACUCGUUGUUCACCAUUCAUAAACGUCAAACAGAGACCGCAAGCGCCGAUUCUGCCCAAAGAACGGUGCGUUUCAAACUUGAUGGUAUUGAUUUGGGAGCUAUUUCUCAAAAGAACCCACGUACAAAAUUCAACUGGAUUGUCAAUGGAAAAGCAGAAAUCAUUGCCGAUAUUCGAAUGUCUAGUUUAUCAGAAAAAGAAGACAAAAAAUUUAGCAAUGUGUUUUCCAGCUCUUUUAGAGAGCUUCUUUCCUUAACCGAUCCAAAACUGACCCCAUCGGAUGAACAGGAAAGUAACGAAUCUAAUUUAUUGAAGGGAGCCUUGGCUGCAAUUUACACCACAUUUUCAUCCAAGGAAUCUCAACCUUCCACCAUACAAAAUAACGAUUAUGCCGUUGUGAACGUCAAGGUCAAACUCAAGGAUCUCAAGGCUACCCUUCCAAAGUAUAUGCCUAUGGCCACCUCAACCAACACACCUUUCAUUUCCUUGCACGACUUGAGGUCCUUGGUUGCUUUUGCUAAUGAACUUGGCGGUUCAUCACCUCCUAUAGUGGUGCAGUCCACCGCCAUAGAAAGAUUAUCAGACUUGCAUAACACUGAAAAUAUCUUUGACACUCGAAUUUUCGACCUGAUUGUGAACGACGUCUAUGAAGAAUUGCUCAAGAUGGUUCACUUGGACGAGAAACGAAUCAUUGAGGAAAAGUCCUCAUCAUGGUCGCAUUCUGUUGCCAGUCAACUAUUGGUUCUUGGUUUAAGUGCAAUGGUAUAA